AUGGGCGUCGGAUCAAGAAUCAUGCGAUGGACCAUGGACUGGCGUGCGCAAGCGCUGACGCUGCUAGCUCUCUGCUGUCUAAUGCUCCUUCUGCAGUGCAGCAUCUCUUGGGGACUGCUCUGCCUCUGUGAAGUGCUGCUUUGUCGGUCUAUGCCGAAAAAGCGGUGGGUCUGUGUGGAUACAGCCCUGGUGGGGCUGCCUUGCCUGGUUUUCAUUUCAUAUCUUGUCUUCGGCAUCGCGCAGGGGAUUCCGGGCAUCAGUGGCGACCUCCUCUCAGACAUGUUCUUCAUGGUUGCAGCUGUUGUCAUCCGAAUCUGUCAACACUACAGGCCUGCACACCCCGACGCGUCAGAUUCAGAUCAAGCUCCGGCACCAGGAGCAAAAGGCUUCCGCCUGUGCGGGCGAUGUUGCUGCGGAGGUUGCGCAGUGAUCCUCACCAUCUCGCUCUUGGCGCAGUCUGUUGGCAUGUUGGUAUUCUUAGGUCAGAGCCCGAGACCCGCUUACACAAGGACUGCCAUUGCUUAUUGGUGCAAAGGUGAACCCAACAACUCUCUGGUCGUCCUGGAGCCGGGCUACCUUGCCUCUCCAGGGACGCUGUACUUUGUCCAAGAGGCCCUGGCACAGAGCACUCGCGUCUGCAUCUACGACCCCGUGGGAACAGGCUUCAGCGGGGGGCAGGACCCGAACUUCCGAAGCGACGCAGCGGCAAUGAAGGAUGUCGUGGACAGCGAGCUGGCCAAGCAUGCUGGUAGUGACUCCUGGCUGGUCGUGGUCGGCGGCCACUCUCGAGGGCACCUGUCAAGCUGCCGGUUCUGGGUGGACUAUGCGAGCUCCUAUGACCGGCUGGCCCUGCUGGCUUUCGACGGAAGCCACUGCGGGCAGACGGGCUGUAGUACCUGUUCAGACUUCGGAGAUGUUUUCACAGCCUUGCGGAUUUUUGUGACCCCCUUCUGGACGCUCUUUUCUGGGCUGCUUCGCCUGACACUGGCACUGGCGCAGUUGAUGCGGGAGCCGUUGGUGCAGGCAGAAUUCGACUACCCAGCACCAGCCCUGCUCCAGCUGGCGGAGCCCUACUUCUGGCCCAAGCUCUGGCGCAGUCAAGCCUUGAGGGGAGAGGCCUGGCUCAAGUCUUAUGACGGGCCAGCAUACUCGCAGUGCCUGGAGCAGCGGUUAACUGCCUCUUCCGUGGACUCCAGCAGCCCCCAUCAUCUCUACAUCAACGCCGGGGACAUCUGCACCCCCAGCGCAUGUGCGGGGCACAUGUCGAUUCUCUCGAACAGGUGGUAUGCCAACGUGGCAAGUGCCAAGGCGGCCAGGUUUAUCGCUCCCUAA